CUGUCUCUCAGAUUGCAUUUGCUUUCACGGAUCUGUUUAGUACUAAAACAAAAAGGGAAAAGGGAAGGGAGGGGAGGAAAAAAAAAAAAAAAAGGAAAAAGGAAAAAAAAAGGGAAAAAAGCUGAAUGUGAGAUCAUGCAAAAGCUUGCAAUCUAUGCUUAUAUUUACCUGUUCAUGCUGAUUUCAGUUGAUCCGGUGGCUCUGGAUGAUGGUAGUCAGCCCACAGAGAGUGCUGAAAAAGAUGGACUGUGCAAUGCUUGUACGUGGAGACAGAAUACAAAAUCUUCCAGAAUAGAAGCCAUAAAAAUUCAAAUCCUCAGCAAACUGCGCCUGGAACAAGCUCCAAACAUUAGCAGGGAUGUUAUUAAACAACUUUUACCCAAAGCUCCUCCACUACAGGAACUGAUUGAUCAGUAUGAUGUCCAGAGAGACGACAGUAGCGAUGGCUCUUUGGAAGAUGAUGACUAUCAUGCCACCACCGAAACGAUUAUCACAAUGCCUACGGAGUCUGAUUUUCUUGUACAAAUGGAGGGAAAACCAAAAUGUUGCUUCUUUAAGUUUAGCUCUAAGAUACAAUAUAACAAAGUAGUAAAGGCACAAUUGUGGAUAUACUUGAGGCAAGUCCAAAAACCUACAACGGUGUUUGUGCAGAUCCUGAGACUCAUUAAACCCAUGAAAGACGGUACAAGAUAUACUGGAAUUCGAUCUUUGAAACUUGACAUGAACCCUGGCACUGGUAUUUGGCAGAGUAUUGAUGUGAAGACAGUGUUGCAAAAUUGGCUCAAACAGCCUGAAUCCAAUUUAGGCAUCGAAAUAAAAGCUUUUGAUGAGAAUGGACGAGAUCUUGCUGUAACUUUCCCAGGACCUGGCGAAGAUGGAUUGAACCCAUUCUUAGAGGUCAGAGUUACAGACACACCAAAACGGUCCCGCAGAGAUUUCGGCCUCGACUGCGACGAGCACUCGACAGAAUCCCGAUGUUGUCGCUACCCCCUGACAGUGGAUUUUGAAGCCUUCGGGUGGGACUGGAUUAUUGCCCCUAAAAGAUACAAAGCCAAUUACUGCUCUGGAGAAUGCGAGUUUGUGUUUUUACAAAAAUACCCACACACUCACCUCGUGCACCAAGCAAACCCCCGAGGAUCAGCAGGCCCCUGCUGCACCCCCACCAAGAUGUCCCCCAUAAACAUGCUGUACUUCAACGGGAAAGAACAAAUCAUAUACGGCAAGAUACCAGCCAUGGUUGUAGAUCGCUGCGGGUGCUCAUGAGAUGGUCAUCAGAUCCACCACUAUAUGAAUUCUGGAUGCUACCAAAAGAAAAAAAAAACAAACCAAACAACAACCCCCCCCCCAAAAAAAAAAGUUAUACCCCCUCACCAGUCUUUGGAACUGUGAAGUUAUGUAUGCUAUGCAUUGCCAACAUCCUGUUGUGCUGCACGAGAGGCUACCGUGCAGAGUUAGUGCAGCACCAGCUACAGAAUGUGAGCUAAAGGAUGACACAGUGACCUAAGGGCUGGCUUUGGGCCAGCCAAGAAGAAAAGCUACAAUCAAAAUCACCGGAUUUAACACAUUGAGAUCUUAUAUUGUGAGGGAACCAAUGUUCAGGCAUUCAGACUCAAAUUUUCAUGCAGGUUUCAAUACCCGUUGGUAAGCAAAAGCAAGCUCCUUCUCAUGCCAGGACAGAAGGAGCAGGCUUUUAAGUCCAUUUCUUCACAUAUUCACUUAAUAUUGUAUUUACAGGAAAAUAUAUACUGGUCAGCAUACACACCACUACACAUUACCACCAGAAUCAUCCUUAAACACUUGAAUAUAUAGUGCAGAUUGUGAAAUAUAUCAGACGAAAUUCCACAUAAAUGGACAAAUCCUGAAAUUAGGGAUGGCAUAGUGUAUUUAGCGUGUUUCCAUUCCUUUUUCUCAUUAAUAUGUUAGUAAACAAUGGCAAUGGUGCUACAUAAGCAGGCUGAGUAAAAUAGAAAGAUAGUUACCUACGUGAAAGAAUUUAGACUAAUAAUGAGUUUGCCCUAUCCUCAGGUACACUAUUCAACAUUCGCAAGAAAUAGAUAUUUUUUAAAUGAAAGGGAAUACUUUUCUAGACGUAGUAAAACAAAAGGCAGCAGAAAAGUCUUAACAUUUUAACCACAAUCCCAAAGUACAACCUGCCUUUGCAACAUUACCAUUUGCACUAUGAAAAACCAAUGCAAAUAGUUGGUUGCUACAGAUACUGUUUUAAAAAAACACAACAGUUUUGAUAUAACUGACUUGUGUAAUAUGUAUGCAUCAAUAUUUUGUAAAUAAAUGUUUAUUUUUUAAUCACUGUUGGUAUACGUUCAUCACAAGAAAGGAAUUACUUUAACCUGUACUUUAGUUUAACAAACAAAACCAAUAUUCUCUUCAUAAUAUAAUUUCCUGGAUUUUAGCAGAAAUGUAGGAACAAUGCAACAAAGUAAACCAUGUGUUGAAAAUAAUACUACAUUUUAUAUAUAUAUUUUUUUUUACAUUGGUACAAGCCAUCUGUGUUAAAUGAUGGGUGUUGACAUGUUUAUAAGGUUCUUUGAGUUACUGUUUUUAUGGUCAUUUCAAUCCACAACUGAAUUUCCUUGCUUUGAAUGUUAUGUCCACAAAUAAUGAUUAUACCACAAAAGAUUGCUAUUAAAUGCAUUUUAUUAUAUUUAAAAGUUUGCAGCAAAGUCUUAUUUUAAGUAAACAUAGUACCUGGAUUUCCACACAAAUUCUGUACAUUUGCCUUAUGAUAAGAAAUUGUCAAUUGAAAUUAAAAAAAUCUAUUUACUAUAAA